AUUCCAAAUUCCAAAUUUUGUUUGAAUUAAUCAUUCAAUUAAAAUUUCAAUUCAAUUCAAUUCUUUUCGUUUCCCAAUUUUCUUUUCAAUUCCAAAUUUCCAAUGGACCCGAAGGAUCCAUUCUCUGCUGUAUUAUUUGAUGGCUCUGUUUCGUCUCACAUUGGGAGGCAACAGAAUGCAUGCCCUUCUGUUAUUGUUAUUGGUGGUGGGAUAUCAGGGAUUGCUGCUGCACGUAUUCUCCAUGAUGCAUCUUUUAAGGUGAUUUUGCUCGAAUCACGGGACAGACUUGGUGGCCGGAUUCAUACGGACUACUCAUUUGGUUGUCCAGUCGAUAUGGGAGCAUCAUGGCUACAUGGUGUUUGCAACGAGAAUCCUUUGGCUCCACUGAUACGCCGCUUAGGACUUACUCUAUACCGUACGAGUGGCGAUGACUCUGUGUUGUAUGACCACGAUUUGGAAAGCUUUGCACUUUUUGAUACGGAUGGCUGCCAAGUUUCUCAAAAGAUAGUCGUUGAAGUUGGUGAUACUUUCACGAAAAUUCUCAAAGAGACUGAGAAAGUAAGGAAUGAGCAUACCGAUGACAUGUCCGUUUCUCAAGCAAUUUCUGUUGUGAUGGAUAGGCAUCCUGAAUUAAGACAAAACGGACUUGCUCACGAAGUGUUACAAUGGUACAUAUGUCGAAUGGAAGCGUGGUUUGCUGCAGAUGCAGAUGUAAUAUCACUAAAAAACUGGGAUCAGGAGCAUGUUCUAUCCGGUGGUCAUGGACUUAUGGUGCAAGGGUAUGACCCAAUAAUAAAGGCUCUUGCAAAAGAUAUUGAUGUACGCUUGAAUCACAGGGUGAUAAAGAUACUAAAUGUGUCUAACAAGGUGAUGGUCACAAUUGAGGACGGAAGAAACUUCAUUGCAGAUGCUGCUAUAAUAACAGUACCCCAUGGGAUUCUUAAAGCCAAGUUGAUUGAGUUCGUACCCCAGUUGCCUGAGUGGAAGGUUGCUGCAAUUUCUGAUCUCGGUGUGGGCAAUGAAAACAAAGUUGCCUUACGGUUUGAGAAAGUUUUCUGGCCAAAUGUAGAGCUCUUGGGCAUUGUUGCACCAAAUUCUUUUGCGUGUGGUUAUUUUCUCAAUCUUCACAAGGCCACAGGCCAUCCGGUCCUCGUUUACAUGGCUGCUGGAAGGUUUGCGUAUGACCUUGAAAAACUAACGAAUGAUGCUGCCGUUAAUUUUGUGAUGUUGCAGCUUAAGAAGAUGUUGCCUGAUGCCACUGAACCGGUUCAAUAUCUGGUAUCACGAUGGGGAACGGACCUGAAUUCUCUUGGAUGUUACUCGUUGGAUUUGGUUGGAAAGCCAGGAGAUAUAUAUGAGAGGCUUCGGGCACCUUUGGGUAAUCUCUUUUUCGGUGGGGAAGCUGUUAGCAUGGACCACCAAGGAUCUGUACACGGAGCUUACUCGGCAGGAGUUAUGGCUGCUGGGAACUGUCAGCAGCAUCUGUUGCAGAAACUCGGUAAUUUGGAGACCCUUCAGCAUGCUUACCUUAUGGAAGAAGUGCUUGAAGCAGCAACAGUUCCCCUCCAAAUCUCAAGGAUGUGAACCAUUUUCUGAUACUUCAGACAUGAAAGAUAGGAUUUACAAUUUCAAAGUUGUUGAUCUAAUUUAAUCUUUUGGAUUUAUCAAGGAACCCUCAUUAACUUGCAAUGUUUUGAGAUGUUUUAGUAAACUUACAACCGGGUCAAGGAAAACCCGAAGACCCGAGCUCCGCCUCUA